AUGAAGUUCACUUCAACCUCUCUUGCGCUCCUCGCAAGCAUUCCCCUCGUCUGCUCUCUUCCCACCGAAGCUCAGCCACCCACUCUGAAGCUCGAGAAGCCCCAGGGUUUCGACAAGAUCCAAAAGGCUGACCCCGAGCACUGGCUCACAGCCGUUAAGGAAGAAGCUGCCCGCCAAGAAGCUGCCGCUGCCUCCGCCUUCAAUGAGACCGAGGCCCUCGAAGCGAGAGCCAGCUGGAUCUACCAGGUCCACGGCAUGUACACCGACAACCUCGUCAAUGUCGGUGACGUUGAUACCUUUUACAUGCUCUGGACGCGCAUGUACGACUCCAGCGAUGAUAAGGGCGGUCUCUCAGACAUGACCCGCGGAGCAUGGAGCAAGUUCUGCAACAGCCCCUACGAAGGCAACGGCGUCGUCACACGAUUUGUCCUCGAUGGCCAGUGGGGAGCCGUGGGCCGUCUUAGCGGCUGGUCGAUGCGCGACGCUCUGAUCCACUCCAUGUGGCAGACAGCCGAUGGCAUUGGCAAGAAGAACGGGUACACCGUGUACAACAACUGCUACGGCUUCACCUGGCAGGAGGCCAAGCCGGGGAGAACUGACUCGGCGUGUGGAGGACGAUCUGGCAAGGCUUGCCCCCAUAACUCCGACUGCCCGUUGGAGGGAAUGGAGUGCAAGGGUCUCAAGUGGGGAACUUGGAUGCCCAGCAUCAUCCGCAUGAACGUCUACAACCGCGACGGAUCUCUACGCGCUGAUGCGUACCAGGCCAGAAUCUCCUCGCAGGCUCCUGGUUCUGGCGGUUGCUCCAAGGCCCAGACUAUUUCUGCCUAUGUUGCUGACUUUAUCCCCAUUGUUGGACCCUACUUCGCUACUGGUAUCCGUAUCAACUGUCUGUACCAGAGCUAA